CUGACCUCAAGCGAUCAGCCUCCAAGAGUGCUACGAUUACAGGCAUGAGCCAAUGUGCUCAGCCCAGAAGCUUAACUCUUAAUAUACUAGUUUUUGAAAAACCUUUUGCAUUUUGUUACUUUGUGCCUCAUCAGUUGGCCCUGAAGGGGCACAUAAUCUCUGCUGCCAUUCUUGACAACUAAAUUUUAUGAAUUUGCUUUUUUUUUCUGCUAAAUUUAAAAAAAUGCUAAGAAAAGAAACCAACUGGAUGUGGAAUAUGACCAACACCUUAAGCUAUUUACCAUCAGGUCAGCUAUAGAUACAUUGGUGAAAGAGUACAAUUUAAUCCCUCUCAUUGAAAUAGUAGCAAUGUCAUUGUCAUCAUUAUUAUUACACAUUUUUAAAUGUUUUGGUUUUUUUUCUAAAAAUUAAGAUGAAUAGUUUUAAAUUUGUGGUCCACACUUGUGCCAAAUACCCAUUAAGGGGUCUUCAUGUGCUAAAAGUUUUCAAAACAUUGCUGUAGGAGUCACUGACCUUUUAGAAAUUGGUAAUGAUCUGGUCAGAUCUGUGUCAGGAAGAUAACUCUGCUAUCCCAAAAUAUUAAUUGUAAUAUUAUUGCAUUUUCGUCAUGGAUGCAUUAAAAAUUGCUAAGGAUUUCUCUGUCUUAUUUUCAUAAUAGUAUCAGUUGACCUGCACUGGGCAGUCUGCAUAAUGAACACAUGCUAGUGAUUACAAAUUUGGCAGAGAAGGGAAUGGAGGAUAUAAAAGAAUAAGAGAAAUAUAGCAUGUCAACCUCUGAGUCCCAGUGCCUCAUUUCUUAAUCUCAUUUUAGUAUGGGGACUACAUCAUAGCUACCAGCCCUUUGGUUCUCAAAGGAAGUAACUUUACAUGGAAUUUUAAAAAGGUCCUUCCUCUAGGAGUGCUGAUAGAGCAUUUGAAAAACACAUGAACUUUUAUUAAAAGUUAAUAUCAUAGCAACAGCUAUGCAAUCCAUAGAACUAUACAGUUUUUAAGUACCAAAAAAGACAGUAUUUUCGGUAAAUUGACUGCUAAAUACUGUAGCUGCUAAAGUGUGAGAUAAUAUAAUAAGAUAAUGUAAGUCAUAUUGGAUGCCAAAAGUGUAUUCUGUAGUGGUCUUCAGAUACAACAGGUAAAAUCAUGUUUUUUAAUAAAGAACAAUUUUAAAGGAGGCUUAAGAGGUUGGGCAUGUUACCCUCUUUGAAUAAAAGUUUAAAAAGUUUAAGUAGUUUAAAAAGUUAAUUAGUUUAAAAAGUUUAAAAAGUUCUAAAAGUUUAAUUACAUAAGACAAUCAUAUUUGGGCCACAAAUGCUUUUUGCUUUUUACAGCAUUGUAGCUCAUUGCCACUUAAUACUAUCAGUUGCCACUUGCUUUAAUUCUCCUCAUUAAUGCUAGAUUAGUUCAUCAAGAGAGUGGGAUAUUAUAACAAUUGACUGAAAGCAUAUAAGUUUCAUGCAUUGCCUUACAUUUCAUAAGGUUUCAUUGUAUUAACAUUUCAGGAUGCAUCAAAUCUUAAGAAUUGAUGAGAGUUCAUCAAUUUCAUCAAUGUUCAUCAACAUUUCAAAGCCCUAUAUUUAGAAUCUGAUUAUUAGAGCACACUGUGACUGGGUUAAUGUUUAACAGUGGCUGUCCUGGAGAUUCAUUUAGGGAUUUGGGAGAGCAAUUUUAUUCUUCCUUACUGGACUGGCCUUAUUGCACAAUUAAUUAAGACCUGCUUAAAAAUAGCCUUUGGAAUAGAGCUGAAGCUAAGAAAGCCUUUAAAACAAUGGAAACAUCAUAGUGAAUUUAUUGUCAGGGCUGAAAUAGCUGCUUCCACCCAGAUUAGAUUUAUGGGUAUCAGAGUUGAUGUUGCUUUCUGGGUAGAGCACUACUGUAAGAAACAGCUCAUUUUCUUGACUGUAGUAUGGAUUUUCAAAGUGACUGGAUUUUUAAAGAACUGACCUUAUAUAGUAGGUUCAUAUGCAGUUCAUUUUUUCAUUUAAUCUCUAAUUAUAAUAUGUACACAGAGAAAGAGACAUAAAACAUAUGCAUACCAUUUAAAAAUAAUAAUAAAGUGAACACUUAGGUAAUCACCUCCAAGAUCAAGAAAAAUGACCAGCAUUCCAGAAGCCCCACCCUUGCCAUGUAUUCCUCCAGAUGGCAGCCCUCUCCUCUGGGUAGCUCCUGUCUUUACUUUUGCCAUUUUCUUGCUUAUCUUUUUAAUGUAAUCACUUGCAUUUGUAUCCUAAAAUGAUAUAAUUUAGGCUUGUCUGUUUUUGAAUUUACAGGAAUACAAUUGUUAAUGUUAUGUGCUCCUUUGUGUCUGGUAUGUUUCAUUCAGCAUUAAGUUUGUGAGAUUUUACCCACAGUAUUGCUCUCCAGAGUGUUUUUUUAAAAGCCUUUUCUAUAUUUGCCUCUCUCCCUUUUUUUACUUAGGACCCCUGUCACUCUAAGUGCUUUUGGAUAUUUCUACUUAAUCUCGUUGGACUUUCUGCUAAAUGAGGUCUGAAAACUAAGACUUGUCUCGGCCGCAGUUUUCUGAGCUGACCUGGCUGCCCCCAGUUUGAUGGCAUUUGUUUAGAUGAGACUACAUCUUUAAGGCUUCUGUGCCCAGUUAAAAAUCUUCCUUUCUCCAAGGCUGGUCCAAGGGUCUGGUCAUGUGAUUCUAACAGUGACAUCACAUUCUGACUGCCUGGGAACACUGGUGGUUCUUUAGGUGGCGUUUGUUGCUGUGAAAGGCAGAGAAUGCAGCAAGUGCCCUUCUAAGCACUUCAGAGUUAAAGCUCCUCAACCUAAAUGACCAAAUGCAGGCUGCCAAGGUUAUUUCUUCCUUGAGACAGAAAAAAAGAAAACUGUUAUUGAAGAGGGCAAGUCAUACAAUGGUGGAGGAAUAGGUUCUUCAUAUAGAAUCAUGGACUUCUUGGAGGAGCCAAUUCCUGGUGUAGGGACCUAUGAUGAUUUCAAUACAAUUGAUUGGGUGAGAGAGAAGUCUCGAGACCGGGAUAGGCACCGAGAGAUUACCAAUAAAAGCAAAGAGUCAACAUGGGCCUUAAUUCACAGUGUGAGUGAUGCUUUUUCUGGCUGGUUGUUGAUGCUCCUUAUUGGGCUUUUAUCAGGUUCUUUAGCUGGUUUGAUAGACAUCUCUGCUCAUUGGAUGACAGACUUAAAAGAAGGUAUAUGCACAGGGGGAUUCUGGUUUAACCAUGAGCAUUGUUGCUGGAACUCUGAACAUGUUACCUUUGAAGACAGAGACAAAUGCCCAGAGUGGAAUAGCUGGUCCCAGCUUAUCAUCAGCACGGAUGAGGGAGCCUUUGCCUACAUAGUCAAUUAUUUCAUGUACGUCCUCUGGGCUCUUCUAUUUGCCUUCCUUGCUGUAUCUCUUGUCAAGGUGUUCGCUCCUUAUGCCUGUGGCUCCGGAAUCCCUGAGAUAAAAACUAUCUUGAGUGGUUUCAUUAUUAGGGGCUAUUUGGGUAAGUGGACCCUGGUUAUCAAAACCAUCACCUUGGUGCUGGCAGUGUCAUCUGGCUUGAGCCUGGGCAAAGAGGGCCCCCUAGUGCACGUGGCUUGCUGCUGUGGGAACAUCCUAUGCCACUGCUUCAACAAAUACAGGAAGAAUGAAGCCAAGCGCAGAGAGGUCUUGUCAGCUGCAGCAGCAGCUGGUGUAUCUGUAGCCUUUGGGGCACCUAUUGGUGGAGUAUUAUUCAGCCUUGAAGAGGUCAGCUACUAUUUUCCACUCAAAACAUUAUGGCGUUCCUUCUUUGCUGCCUUGGUGGCAGCAUUUACUCUGCGCUCCAUCAAUCCAUUUGGGAACAGCCGCCUGGUUCUGUUUUAUGUGGAGUUUCAUACCCCAUGGCAUCUCUUUGAGCUUGUGCCAUUCAUCUUACUGGGCAUAUUUGGUGGUUUGUGGGGAGCUCUGUUUAUCCGCACAAACAUUGCUUGGUGUCGGAAGCGAAAGACCACUCAGUUGGGCAAGUAUCCUGUCGUAGAGGUACUUGUUGUGACAGCCAUCACUGCCAUCCUGGCUUUUCCCAAUGAAUACACACGUAUGAGUACAAGUGAGCUCAUUUCUGAGCUGUUUAAUGACUGUGGCCUUCUGGACUCCUCCAAGCUCUGUGAUUAUGAGAACCACUUCAACACAAGCAAGGGGGGUGAACUGCCCGACAGACCGGCUGGCAUGGGAGUCUACAGUGCAAUGUGGCAGCUGGCUUUGACACUCAUACUGAAAAUUGUCAUUACUAUAUUCACCUUUGGCAUGAAGAUCCCUUCUGGCCUCUUUAUCCCUAGCAUGGCUGUUGGAGCUAUAGCAGGUCGACUUCUAGGAGUAGGAAUGGAACAACUGGCUUAUUAUCACCAUGACUGGGCCAUCUUCAAUAGCUGGUGUAGUCAGGGAGCUGAUUGCAUCACCCCUGGCCUUUAUGCAAUGGUUGGGGCUGCAGCCUGCUUAGGUGGAGUGACUCGGAUGACUGUUUCUCUUGUUGUCAUAAUGUUUGAACUGACUGGUGGCUUGGAAUACAUCGUGCCUCUGAUGGCUGCAGCCAUGACAAGCAAGUGGGUGGCAGAUGCUCUCGGGCGGGAGGGCAUCUAUGAUGCCCACAUCCGUCUCAAUGGAUACCCCUUUCUUGAAGCCAAAGAAGAGUUUGCUCAUAAGACCCUGGCAAUGGAUGUGAUGAAACCCCGGAGAAAUGAUCCUUUGUUGACUGUCCUUACUCAGGACAGUAUGACCGUGGAAGAUGUAGAGACCAUAAUCAGUGAAACCACAUACAGUGGCUUUCCGGUGGUGGUAUCCCGUGAGUCCCAAAGACUUGUAGGCUUUGUCCUCCGAAGAGAUCUCAUUAUUUCAAUUGAAAAUGCUCGAAAGAAACAGGAUGGGGUUGUGAGCACUUCCAUCAUUUAUUUCACUGAGCAUUCUCCUCCAAUGCCACCAUAUACUCCACCCACUCUGAAGCUUCGGAACAUCCUGGAUCUCAGCCCCUUCACUGUGACUGACCUUACACCCAUGGAGAUCGUAGUGGAUAUCUUCCGCAAGCUGGGACUGCGGCAGUGCCUGAUUACACACAACGGGCGAUUGCUUGGAAUCAUUACCAAAAAGGAUGUGUUAAAGCAUAUAGCACAGAUGGCGAACAAAGAUCCUGAUUCCAUUCUCUUCAACUAGAGUCAUAGGGUUAUUCUGGAUAUGAAACAGGAAGGACAUUGCAGACCAUGGAUAUAUUUUGUUAGCUGGGUCCCCAAAACACAUUUCCCAUAUUUGGAUAGUGAAGUCAUAUUGUAUGUUCUCUUUUUCCUAUAAGUCAACCAGUUGCACUACAUAAUCUCUGGAAAUUAAUCUUCUCCUUAGGAGAAAAUACAGUUAGGCUUCUGUGAUAUUGCAUUAGGAAGAUUUCAUGAAAGAGUAAACAAGAUUGCUAUGGUUUAAUUCUAUUUGUUUUUUAAAGGUUUUUUAAUUAAAAAUUGUUAGCCAAUAUGCAAUCACUGAAAACUAUGCAAGAAAUUCCAACCAUCCUGACAUAUAGCCUGCAGGAAACUGAUGAAAAAGUCACUUUUUUGGGAUCUAUCAUUGGUGGAAAAUGAAGUUUGCAAACUAAGGGGCUUUGCUUUUCAAACCACAGAAAGGACAGCCAGAAGGAAAAUAGUAAUGGUGUUGCUAGACUGUGAAGAUUCAGUUCAAAUGUUAUUCUUGUUCCUGUUACAAUAUUUAGCAUUAUUAAUCUGUUAUGUAUGUGUGUAUGUAUAUGUUAAUUUUAAUUUCUGAUUAUAAAAUAAUGCUGCUUUGGUUAAUCUCUCCUACAUGAAUUUAGAGAGGUUGACUUUUAUAGCUUGCUUGUUCCUGGUACUCUUUUGAAGUGCACAAUGAUAAGUUAUAGAGCUUUCUCCUUGUCUGCAAAAAGGGUAAUUUUCCAGAUGGUAUUUGUUAGCUAGUAGGCAAGGACUUUGCCAUGAAUUUGUUGGUAGCAAGGAAUGAUUUCUUCCAGCUUCCUUGAAAUGAAUGAUUAGUAAAGUUUUAAGCAGUCAAUGACUAGGAAUUUCACAUUUUUGUGAAGUCCUAAGUAAUCCUCUUACCCAGAUGCCACCUCCAUGAAUGAUGGUGCUUUAGGCUUCUGGAAUAUGUAAGAACAGUAAAGGGAACUGCAUACUGGGAAACCAGGGAAGACUCAGAGCUGCAUCUGCAUGCUCAUGCAUUCCUUUGUAAAGACCACCAGUACUAAGAUAACUGGACACUCAUUGCACCUCCCAGCAUUAAGUAUAUAUAACAGGCCAGUGUUGUCCCUGUGACCAUGAAUUAAGCUUGGGAUACUUUAAAAUAUAUUCAAGGUGUUGGAACAGGAUAGGCAGCUGUGACUCCCUUGAGGGUCAUUAGAAUUCUAAAUAAAAUGCAGAGCCAUCCUAAGACCCAGGGUCAUGGAUAAGGCCUGGUAACACCAAAGGUGCUUAUAUCUCAAUUUCCCACCACCUUUAUUGCAGUUUUUUUUUUUUUUUUUUAAAUCAUACUAUAGUGACACCUGGUGGAAUUAAAAAGCCACCACCAUCAUUUCAACCACUAUUUCAUUUUCUAUAGUUUUAUCCAUGUGCAGUUUACUCCCCCUCUACUCUGUUCCCCUUCCUACUCCUUAAUACUGAAUCCUCUCUUUGGGAUUGAGCACUAUGCCUGGUUAAUCAUUCCUAUUACAAAAAAUAACACCCAGGGCUAGUUAAAGUGUAAACCAAGACUUGGCAAUCUUUUUUCUUUCUUUCUUUCUUUUUUUUAUUUCAGCAUAUUAUGGGGGUACGAAUGUUAAGGUUAUGUAUAUUGCCCUUGCCCCCCUGCCCCCACAAAGACUCGGCAGUCUUAUGGCAUGUAGGCCAGAGAUGAACACGCAGCCCUUUUCUUUGUCAUGUGGCCCAGUUGCUGCUGCCAUAUUUCCAUCUCUGCACUGGAUGCCAUGGCAGUGAGACUUCACUGCCAGAGGUGAGAGUUUAGCCUGGCUCAUUUUACAAAUUGGUUCCCAGCACUUCCCACCAUCGUUCUAGCCCCAAAUCAGCAGUCACUUGGCAUAUCCCACCCCAUCAACUCUCCAUCCCACCAAACACCUCAGUAUACCUCAUUUAAAAGUUGCUGGUCCCUGAUUCUAGGACUUUUUACCCCUAGUUCUUGUCUUUCCAAAAUCUGAAAUUCUUUCAUUUGCUCAGAACUGGGUAGCCAAGGCUUAUUUCAUUUUUAUCUUUAAAAUAUCAAGGCAGUCACCAGAGUUUCUCCUUGUGAAUAUAUCACUCUAGCAUUUUAAUGAAAAGGAAAAUAAAGCUCUCUAGGGUACAUUAUAUUAUAGUCAUGGCUCAGUAAAUUUACAUCUUUUGUCCUUUCCAUGCCAGUGACUCCUUCAUAUGAGAGACAAUUUGCCUGACCACCCUGUAUAUUGUGUAGAAAUCAAAGUUCUUAUCUGUGUAUUUCUGGUUCAAUACCUGUCUUAUUAGCUAUCCUUCUCCACUAAAGUUUGCAAAACAGGAAAUGUUACUAUUUCUGGUAUUUGAUGGCAAUGAUAAGUUUGGUCAUAUUUCAUAGUGCAGCAGCAGUAUGAAGGGUGUUUGCCUUUGUGUUUCUUCUAGGCUAGUGUUAAGGUGCUACUUCAGAGAAUAAAUUUCAAGAAACCAGAUAACACUGUGCCAAGGUAUACUUUGUAGAUGCCAAGCACUGAUUGGCCCUCCAGAGAAUGAUAAUAUCCCCUUGAUACCUCACUCCUGAUAAAUCUCAUUCAUUAACCUCAGCUUCUCAGGAAUCCCUGUAGUACAUACGCUAGAAGUAGCUAUAGUGUGUGAUAUCCACUCUAUGUCCAAUCAUAUGGUUUGGCUCAAAGGUUGGCUAAUUGUGGCUAGAGUUCUGUACUAGACAGCUAGCUCAGCACCUUGACAUUCAGAGUUCCUUCUCUUGAGGUAAAGGAAAUGUUUUCUGCCAUUGCCAGUUUAGCAGUUGGACAUGCUUAAGCAACAAACACAGCCAGUAUAGAGAGGUCUGUCAGUAGUAUCAAAUGGCCACAUACCUCAGUGGCAAAAGACUGGAUAGUUUGUGAUUUAAAAUUUAAUGAGUUGAGACUGGACUAUUUUGUUAUUAAAAAAGAAAAUUGCCUGAUACAAGGAAAGGGUUUACAAAAGAAUGCCAGAAUGCUUCAAAGAGUUAGGAUUUUCUAGGGAAAAAUAUCUGGUAGACAUCCAGCUAUGAAAGGGGUGAGAGUCUAUAGAUUUGUAAAAGUCUAACUACUGUAUUUUGCAUCUUCAGAUAUUCAAUUUGAAGAGUUUAAAGAAGCUGAAA